AUGGCCGUGGGCUGCCAGCUGGCACUGAUGCUGAUGGCCACUAUGCUGACCAUGACAGAAGCAAUUCCCACUCCCACACCCAGUGGGGCCCUCCUGGAUGCAAGGGACUGCCACAUUGGCCAGUUCAAGUCUCUGUCCCCACAGCAGCUGCAGGCCUUCAAGAGGGCCAAAGAUGCCUUUGUGUCUCCCUCUGUCCAUUUUGCUGUGUGGGAGUGCCCUGUGGCCUUGGAAGCUGAGCUAGCCUUGACAGUAAAGGUCCUGGGGACCGUGGCUGACUCAGCCCUGGGGGCCGUCCCAGACCAGGCCCUUCACACGCAGCACCACAUCCACUCCAAGCUCAGGGCCUGUGACCCGGCUCAACCCACAGCAGGUCCCAGACCCAGGGGCUGCCUCCACCGCUGGCUGCACAGGCUCCAGGAGGCCACAAAGAUGAAGUCCCGAGGCUGCCUCGAGGACUCUGUCAUGUACAACCUUUUCCGCCUCCUCACACAGAACCUGAAAUAUAUCGCCAGCAGGAACCAGUGUGUCUGA